AUGAUUGCGAAGAAGAAACCACGAGCCGCCCGCCAUGACUCCGGAACCCAUGUAAAGGCGAACGGGAUGAGAAACAACCAAGUGGAGAAAACCGUUAGAUCGGGUUCAAGGUUCAAUGCUUUGUCACAGGAGGAUUCCAUGGAAGAGGAUUUUAUCCAGCAAAGGGAAAAGAGCCUAGGGAGUUCAUGCGGGAGGGGAGACUCGUGGGACAACCCCAAAGGGUGA